CCCCUUAUCCCAUCCAAUCCAUCAUCUCCCACACUCUUCCCAAAUCCACACCAAUCCAACACACUCCCUGCUCCCUCCAAUGGCGCUCCUCGCCCUCCAGGGCAUGGCCAUGUCCACGGCCGCCUUCCCCUCCCACCACCACGGCGUCGUAUCCUCCUCCUCCUUCGGGCUCUCAGCCACCGUUUCGCUCUCCCGCUCCCGCACCAGCCACGCCGCCACUGCCGUCUCGGCUCCUCUCACAUCAGUUCUUGAUGUCUACUGUGGAAGAGGGGACAGAAAGACAAAGAGAGGCAAAAGGUUCAGCCACUCAUAUGGAAAUGCACGACCCCGUAACAAGAAGAAGGGAACAGGCCCAGCACGGCUUUACGCCCCUCCCGCGCCUCCUAGGAAGGAUCAGUUUGAAGACGGGGAGAUCAUCGCAAUUGAGAUUGAUGAUGACAUCAUGGAAAGGAUGGAUUAGGAUGUCUGAAUUUUCCCUUAUUUCACGAUUUCCCUGUCCUUUGUGAAAUACAAUUCCCUGGGAGUAAUUAUUUUGUCAUUAUCCUAUGCGAAGUGCAAUUUCUUAGAAGUAAUUAUUUGGUCUUUCUCGACGAAACACAGAUGCCUAUGUACCUUCGAUUGCUUGGGCUGUAUGCAUAUAGGGAAACUGGCACCUAUGUUGUCUAAAAUAUGUCUGGUAUUUUCUCGCCUUC